AUGGUGGAAAUUGGCACCAGACCUACAUUUAGUGAGAAACAUGAGAUGUUCAGACAGAGCGCGAGAAGGUUCUUUCAGGAGGAAGUGGUUCCCCACCAUAGCAAAUGGGAAAAGGAUGGCAAUGUCAGCAGAGAGGUAUGAGAAAAGGCUGGAGUCAUGGGGAUCCUUGGUGUCAACACUCCUGAGACGUUUGGCGGUGUGAGUGGGGAUGUUCUCUCAGCAGCGAUCACAUGGGAUGAACAGAGUUAUGCUUACUGUUCUGGGCCUGGUUUUGCCUUACAUUCAGACAUCAUAAUGCCCUACAUCACACACUAUGGUACACCAGAACAGAUAGAGAAGUUUGUCCCCAGAAUGACAGCUGGAACAUGUAUUGGUGCCAUUGCCAUGACAGAGCCAGGGGCUGGCAGGUAAUUAUCCGGAAUCCGAACCAUUGCCAAAAAGGACGGUGAUGAUUACAUUCUCAACGGUAGCAAAGCGUUCAUCAGCAAUGGUUACAUGUGUGACGUUGUAAUUGUUGUUGCCAUCACCAAUACAGACGCUAAAUCAAAAGCUCAUGGCAUAAGUCUCUUUCUUGUAGACGCUGACGGUAUUCAAUUUGCAAUGUUCUCCGACCUUCAGAAUUACGUUGCAACACGUUGUGUCCAGAUGCAUGGCGGGUGGGAUUAUAAGUGGGAAUACCCGAUCGCCAGGGCUUUUGUUGAUGCUCGAGUACAACCUAUCUAUGGGGGUUGCAAUGAAAUCAUGAAGGAACUCAUUGCAAGGACCAUUAAUAGAAACAGUUAA